CACAACUCAAAUUCCGUGAUCAUGUUGCCGAGCUCGAGCACAGCACGCGCCGGUGCCGGAGCCUCGCCGGUUGAUCCCUUCAGGUCAGUAGCUCCAGGCGAGCCUUCCUCUUCAUCUUCCAUCUCCAACAUCACGCAGGCAUUUCCAUUCUCUUCUGGAAACCCUAGAAUUGAAGAGACCCGCGGCAUCAUUCUCCUCUACCGCCACGAUGGCGACGACGCCGUCUCCAUUGCUCCGAUUAACCUUCCUGUUGAAAGGAAGCCACUUGUUUGUGUGCUUGGAGUGCCGAAUCACAUGACGUAUGCCGACUUCUGUAGAUUCUGUGGGUCUUUCAUUCAGCAUAUAUUGGAGAUGCGGAUUGUGAGGACUGAUGGAAUGGAGGAUCGUUAUAGCGUUUUGAUUAGGUUCGAUAGUCAGGAUUCCACAGAUCAUUUUUACAAGCACUUCAAUGGCACUCGGUUCUCAUCACUAGAGGUGGAGGUCUGUCGCAUACUUUUCACGGUAGAUGUUCAAUACACUGGUUCAAUAGAACAUGCACAGGCAUCCCCUUGUAGCUCAACUGAGCAGCCAGCAUGUCCAGUCUGUCUUGAGAGACUAGACCAAGAAAUGGGUGGAAUCCUCACAACUAUCUGCAAUCAUUCUUUCCAUUGCUCUUGCAUUUCAAAAUGGACCGAUACGUCAUGUCCUGUAUGUCGAUACUGUCAGCAGCAGCCUGAAAAGUCCAAUUGUUUCAUUUGUCAAACUUCAGAGAAUCUCUGGAUGUGUAUUAUCUGUGGCUUUGUUGGUUGUGGGAGGUAUAAAGAAGGGCAUGCAAUAAGUCACUGGAAAGAAACACAACAUUGUUAUUCUCUUGAGGUGGAAACACAACGUGUGUGGGAUUAUGCUGGAGACAAUUAUGUCCACCGCCUAAUUCAAUCAAAAACUGAUGGAAAAUUGGUUGAAUUGAAUUCACACUGUCGGCAUGCGAAUGAUUGCAAAGGAAGUUGCGAGUGUGUAGAUUCUGGUUUCAGUGAGGCUCUUUUGAACAGCAGAGUAGAAGCUAUUGUUGAUGAGUACAACGAAUUGCUUGCGACUCAACUUGAGAACCAAAAAAUGUAUUUUGAGUCGUUACUUCAAGAAGUUCAAGAGGGAACUGAGAUAGAAAUUUCUAAAGCUGCAGCAAAGGCGGUGCCAGUAAAGAAAAUGCAGGACAAGCUGGAUAGAUGUGUAAAAGAGAAGAAAUUUCUGGAUGAUCUUAAUGAUAAUCUCUUGAAAAAUCGAGACGUUUGGAAAGCGAAGAUAUUUGAAGUUGAAGAGAGGGAUAAAAAGGCUUCAAAAUUGAAGGAAGAUAAAAUAAGCAACUUAGAAGAGCAGCUUAGAAAUCUGAUGUUGUACCUUGAGACUAAGUCUUCAAAUGAAACAGAGGAUGGCACUGUACCGCCACUAUCGAUCAACUCUUCUAAGCCAUAAACUAUCAAAAUGAAACAAAGGAUGAUGACUAUCCAUAUGCAGAUGGAAGAAGAUUAAGUUUGAAGGUUGGAAGGUUGCUUUUGUACAAGUUUGAUGGUAAGGGCGACUGAUGUGACUUGCUUAUAUGGUACAGACAGUAGCAUAUCAAAAAUAUGGGGAUGGAUGAUACAGACAAGAAUACUGAAAUAUGGCUAAUGCAUGGUUAGUUAGAUAUUAGUGUAUAUCGGUAAAUUAAACCUUAUUCAGUUGGUGAAUCUUAUGCCCUUGCUUUUGUUUUUGUUUUGGUUUGUUGCACGGAAUAGAGGCUUGGAAAUGGAUAAGUAUCAUUGCCAGGUAGAGAUAAUGAGGUAAUAUGUAAAAAACCCAGAUGGUUCGUCCCUCCUGCUUAGAUAUUCACUAAAAAGCUUCAUGCCUGUGGAAAUCAAGAUUUCUUGUUACAUUAUGUAAUUACUACUUGUGAGUCAUGCUUAACCCAAAUUCCAUUAUUUUUCUUAAGUAGAAGAUCAGGAGGUCAUACUUUAUUGAACAGCAAAAUAAAUUAAGGUUCGAGGCAAUCAGCCUCUGGUCAUUA